AUGAGAACACUGCCAGCCGUGUCGACAUUUGCCUUCAUUGCUCUCUUUGGAGUGGUUCUGUGCAGAGCAGCCUAUGUGGAUCAGCGUGCACAGAAGACAAUUCCCUGGGCAUCCAUUGAGCCCGUGAUGCUGAGAACGAAGCCGAUAUCCGAAGAGGAUGAAGCAGGUGCCGAGCACGAACCCAAACGAAGAUGUUGCUGUAGCCAGCUGGCCUGUCUCAAGGACUGGUGCCUUUGGUGUACUGGCAUAUGCUUUGGCGUGGAGAACAUCGUGCAGAUAUUCACAGAACUGCUUCCUAACGCGCCUGAGGCCACGGUGAAUCGAUGCAUCAAGUCCCUCCAUGCGCAUCGAAGUGGCGUGGCAAAGGACAGCCUGGCGAUCAUACUCCAGCCCGGCGAGAAGUUCGACGUAAAGGAGAGCAUGCUAUGCGUGUGGCAAGACCGCAAUCCGGGCAGGGCCAAAUGUGAGAUCGUUUGGGCCGUGGACCCGUGGAACCUGCCAAAAGUAAAGACGGCCUUGUAG